UUACCCCGCUCUCCCUCUGUCAGUCUCAUUAGGGUUUCCGAAAUGAAGAGGAAAAACCGUCACAGAGGAAGAAAGCGCACGGAGGAGAAGAAGAAGAAGAAGAAGACUCGGCAGUAUCUUCCUCAUGAAUUGAUCAUUCAGAUUUUACUGAGGUUACCAGUGAAGUCUCUUACACGUUUCAAGUGCGUUUGUAAGUCAUGGUUUUCUCUUAUCUCAGAUCCCCAUUUUGCAAAUUCACAUUUUCAACUUUCCGCCGCAACACCCACUCGUAGAAUUCUCCUCUUAUCAAAUAAAGCUCCACGUCUUAAAACUCGCUCUAUAGAUUUUGAAGAAUCACUUAAGCAUGUUUAUGCUUCACCCAACCUUAAGUUUUUUAAUCAUCCUCUUUUCCCAUAUAAUCAAUUUAGUAUUACCCUUACAAGUUCGUGUAGAGGGUUUAUAUUUUUCAAAUGUUCUUCAAGUCUCUGCCUAUGUAAUCCAUUCAAUGGAAUUCAUAAACAAAUACCUUUUUCUACUUUUGAUUCCAAAUCUAAGUUAGAUGCCAAUAUUUUCUGUUAUAUGUAUGGUUUUGGGUAUGACCAGUCAAAAGAUGAUUACUUGGUGGUUUCAAUGUCGAUAGAUACAAGCUUAGACGGUGUUUCAUCACAUUUGGAGUUUUUCUCCUUGAGAGCUAAUACAUGGAAAGAAAUUGAGGGUACUCACUUCCCUUAUAUCACUGUUUCUGGUGCUCCCAAAGUAGGGUCACUCAUUGAUGGGGCUAUUCAUUGGUUAGCUUUUCGUCGGGAUUUAGAUUCGACUGUUAUUGUUGCUUUUGAUUUAAUGGAAAGGGAACUGGUAGAGAUGUCUUUCCCAGAUUAUAUUGACAUUGAACUUAUAGAUUGUGAUUUGUGGGUAUUUGGAGAAUUUCUCGCUCUAUGGGUUAUGGAUAUGGAGGAUAAUGAUAAAGUUGACAUAUGGGUUAUGAAAGAAUACAAAGUGCGUUCGUCUUGGACUAAAACGCUAGUUCUGUCUAUUGAUGUCAAUUCUACUGGGUUCUUCUAUCCAAUAUGUUGUACAAAAAGUGGUGAUAUUAUUGGAACCGAUGGUCAUACUCAAUUGUUGAAGUAUGACGACAAAGGACAAGUAAUAGAGCAUUAUUCCUAUAACAAACGGGGUGGAUCCCAAUUGGCUAUGUAUACUGAGUCUUUGCUUUCACUUCCUGGUGACAGUGAGCAAGCUUAAACAGAUGACACAAACAAGAAGAAUUAGGUUGCGAAAUACCAUGUUCUUGAUAUUUAUUGGAUGUAAAAGUUAGUUAUACUAGUGAGUUACACUAGUUAGUUGUUCUUCUCAUUAGCUUUAUAAGCCUUAUGUACUCUUUGAUAUGCUUAUUCUCAUUAUUAAUAUAAUUUUCAUUUUACUUU